AUGUUUUCGGAUCCUACGAGUCAUUUUAUUACUUUACCAAAUCGUCCAAUUGUUCAGGCUAAUGGUGAAACUACUCAAGGUCCACUAGAACUUCACUAUUGGGAAUGGAAAGGUCAUCAACCGACAAUACUUUUCUGUCAUGCUGCUUCAUUUCAUGGUCGAUGCUAUGAUCGCAUUAUAAAUGAAGCAUUACAUGGUUAUCAUGUGAUUUCUUUAGACUUUCGUG